GGCACCCAGAAGUCGUUUAAUAUCCUCACCAUAAAAGCUACGAAGUCUUCUCCUAAGUGAUGGUAAAUCAACCGGUUUUGUUGACAUGACGGGUGAUAAAUAAAGACACGCGUUCAGCGACUGAAGGAUUCAAACAAUAAGAUUUCGUAGGAUGCCACUGGCUCCUUUCACUAUCAUUUGAACUUAGCAGCUCGUGGCCAGCAGGGUGGGACUUUUUUCCUGUGCUGGUGAUGACAGAGCAGAUGGUGAGGUUACCGGUCUGGGGACCACAGACGCGUUUCAGUCCAGCUGACCUGCACCACCAGGCAGCUGCUCAUCACUGGAAGCUGUGCGCUGCAGCCUUUUCACCUCUGAAGUAGGCUAUCGCUGGGUCUCCAACAGUGGAGCAGAUCCCAUUUUACAACUGAGGGGUGUUUUCCAAAGAUAAGAUCUACUCUUGUUGUUAAGGCUGAUUAACAACAACCUAUUCUGCACCACUCGCACAUUAUCCAAUCAGUCUGCAUGGGUCAGAUACUGUAGCUCCAGUCUUUCUCGGAAAGGAUACAGCGCUCCAUGGGUUUAAACCUCCUGGUGUGGAAGUGAGGUGUUGAAGUGAAGUCUGGACCAGAUGUUCUUCAGACCAGCCUUCUGCAAAUGCUUCCCUCUGGCUUAGAAAUCGUCACUCUGUAAAGGGCCUUAAGCAGCUAGCUAGCAGCAAAGGAGACUUAAUGCUCACAAACCUUCCAUUCAUACCUUUCUCCUGAACACUGACUCUCAUCUAAACUUUGUGUGAGCAGAGAGAGCAGGCAACAUGGCUCUCAGCUCUCUGCUUUGGCCUCCUUUAAUCUGGAUGUACAUGGGAUUGCUUCUUUCCUUUCUGUCACCCAUACAUGGCAAAGAAUGUCCUCGUUUGUGCAUAUGCGAGAUCCGACCUUGGUUCACCCCCCAAUCAACCUAUAAGGAGGCAGUUACAGUGGACUGCAAUGAUUUGAGGCUCACACAUAUCCCUACCAACCUGUCAGCAGAUACCCAGGUGUUAUUGCUCCAAAGUAAUGCCAUCUCACACAUCAGUGGAGAGCUGGAGGCACUGUUCAACUUGACAGAGUUGGACCUAUCUCAGAACAACUUCAGCACUGUGGAAGCAGUAGGCCUCACAAGUAUGAGCCACCUGACCACCCUGCAUCUAGAGGAAAACCAGAUCAGUCAGCUGCAAAACCACUGCCUGGGAAACCUCUCUAACCUUCAGGAGCUCUACAUCAACCACAACCAGAUAAGCUCAAUCUCUCCUCGGGCAUUUGCAGGCCUGCACAGUUUACUGCGUCUUCAUCUUAACUCCAACAAGCUCCAUGUCAUAGACAGUCGCUGGUUUGAAGAAACACCUAACCUUGAGAUCCUCAUGAUUGGGGAAAACCCUGUCAUUGGCCUCUUGGACAUGAAUUUUAAGCCUCUAGGAAGCCUUAGGAGUCUGGUUUUGGCUGGCAUGGAUCUCACUGAUGUUCCAGCAAAUGCAUUUGUAGGUUUGGAUAGCCUGGAAAGCAUUUCUUUCUAUGACAACAAAUUGGUCAGAAUCCCUCAACUAGCCCUUCAGAAAGCUCCCAAUCUGAAAUUCUUGGAUUUAAACAAAAAUCCAGUUCACAAAAUCCAGGAGGGAGACUUCAGGAACAUGUUACAUCUGAAGGAGUUGGGUAUCAAUAACAUGAUGGAGUUAGUCUCUAUUGACCGCUAUGCUCUGGACAACCUACCAGAACUGACGAAACUGGAGGCCACAAACAACCCCAAGCUGUCUUAUGUACACAGGUUGGCCUUUAGGGACAUGCCCUCACUGGAGAGCCUGAUGCUCAACAAUAAUGCCCUCACUGCCCUUUACCAGCACACUGUGGAGGUAUUGCCAAAUCUGCGGGAGAUCAGUCUGCACAGCAACCCCUUGCGCUGUGAUUGUGUCAUUCAGUGGAUGAGUUCUAACAGGACCACAGUGCGCUUCAUGGAGCCCCUGGCCAUGCUGUGCUCCUCCCCACCAGAACUCAGAGGCCAGAGGGUUCGAGAGCUAAGGCUGCUGGAGUCUACUGAGCAGUGCCUCCCCCUCAUAUCCCAUGAUUCCUUCCCCAGCCACUUGAACUUAGAAUUGGGCAUGAGCAUCAGUCUUGACUGCAGGGCUAUGGCUGAACCAGAGCCUGAGAUCUACUGGGUGACUCCUCUUGGGAUGAAAAUCAGUAUAGACACUGUGUCAGAGAGGUACCACCUGAGCAGUGAGGGGACCCUGAGAGUGUCUCAUGUGCAAGUGGAAGAUUCUGGUCAUUACACCUGUGUGGCCCAGAACCCAGAGGGGGCUGACACACGUGUUGCUACCAUCCGUGUAAACGGCACCCUACUUGACAGUGUCCAGGUGAUGAAAAUCUACGUCAAGCAGACUGAUUCCCACUCCAUUCUGGUGUCCUGGAAAGUCAACUCGAAUGUCAUGUCCUCCAAUCUGAAGUGGGCCUCAGCCACCAUGAAGAUCGACAACCCACACAUUACCUACACAGCUCGCGUCCCUGUAGACGUUCAUGAGUACAACCUCACACAUCUUCAGCCUGCCACUGAGUACGAGGUAUGCCUAACGGUCUCCAACAUUCACAUGCAGAUGCAUAAGUCUUGCGUUAAUGUGACAACACGCAGCGCCACCUUUGCCCUGGACCUGUCAGACCAGCACCCGAGUGCAGCUGUGCUCGCUGUCAUGGCAACCAUGCUGGCUUUUCUCAGCCUGACAACUGUGGGCAUCUACGUGGCUCGCAGAUGGAAGAGAACAAACUACCACCACUCUCUGAAGAAAUACAUGCUGAAGACUUCCUCCAUACCCCUUAACGAGCUGUACCCUCCGCUCAUCAACCUGUGGGAGGCUGACGGUGAGAAGGACAAAGAUGGCUGCACCGAGGGGAAGCCUUCCCCUGUUGACACAACACGUAGCUAUUACAUGUGGUGAAGCUUUAGUAAGGAGGCCUAGCUGCCUCUCCAGCAGCACAAAAAGACACACUUUUGCCAUUUUGGUGCAAAAGUUGAAUAAAGUUGCAAAUGUUUUUUGUAUUCUCAGCUUUGCUAAUAAGAGGCAGAGUGAUCAAGGACAGGAUUUUUAUUAGUAUAGCGUAUCGCCUUUGUUUGAUUCUUCCCAUCUCUUAAUCGUUUUGGACUCCCUGGGAUGGCAGCUGUAUUUAGCCUCUAGGUUGUCUUAGUUGCUAUGCUCUGUUUCUGUGGUGCAUUUUUUGACUCCCUUUCUUUUGGGCAAAUAAUCCAGCAGCAGGGUCAUCUUGCAGCAUUAUUAAGUAGAGAUCAGUGUUUCUUUCUCUGUUUGUAAAACAGGCCAUUUGUUGUACACUGAUAGAUAACAGAGUUUGUAUUAACUUCAAUUAAAAAGCUGACAGUGGGGUUUAUACUUGUUAAACUGUCUGCUGAAUGUUAGCAAAUGUGCAGUAAUGUUGUAUCAACUAUAUGUUUAAACUUUCUGAUUUAAAUUGCAAGAUAAUAGGAUUUUAGUUGGCUGAUAAAUGUGAUGGUAGUGCUAGAAAUACAAAUGUUUGUUAAAAUAUUUCAUCUUUUUUACUAAGGUGCAUUAGAAACUUUUCAACAUUCCCCAUUUACUCACAUAUUUUGCUAGGUAUUCUUUUGCUAAUUGCUUAGUUUAUUAUUUUCAGAUGCAAUGUGUAUCCCGAAGAAGUCAAAAUAAAUCAUUUUGACUGUUUUGCAGAUAUAUGGUCUUUUUUUCAAUUUGUUCCUGUCCUACAGUUAUUUUAUCUUUUCAGUUUAGACAGGCACUCUCACCCCACUGAAGCCUGCUGCUGGUUUCAUGUGGAUUCAGGCACAGAGAGGAACUUAAACCCAUCUCAGUUCAAAACAGACUCAAUCAGCUUUACACUAUCACAGUGCUGAACCAGCCUUACAGAGCUUAAUCUGUGUUAGCUUAACUUCUCACCAUGGGUAUGUACAACCAUGUACAGUACAUACAGUAAACUCUUGAAACCAUAUAUUAGAUACAGUAUUUGAGCAUGUGCUGCACUCUGGUGGAU